GUUCUCUUCCUCAGCCCAUUCUCCGGGCCUUGCCUAGUGCUAAGGUGUCCCUCAAUGGAAGUGUGACCCUGACGUGCCUCCUGCCAGGAGCACAAUCCCUUGGAAGGGAUACAGGGAGCUUCAGGUGCAUUUACUAUGAGAAGACAGCCCAGCCUAAGGCCUCAGAGCCCAGUGAGGCCCUGAAUGUCUGUGUGACAGACUACCAGAGCAGGCCCUCCCUGACAGUCGAGCCCAGCUCCAGCGUUUCUCUGGGAGAGAAGGUGACGUUCUGGUGCCAGGCAGCAUCCUGUGGCAUCAGAUUCACUCUGCACAAGGACGGAGAGGACAUGCCUGUGGACACCAUCAAUUCCACCCAGGGCAUGGCUGGAUUCCUCAUCCCUCAUGUGACCAGCAAGCACAGUGGGAGCUAUAGCUGUCUCCAUCACCCUGGAGAGGACAUCCUCACCCCAGCCUGGCUCAGUGAGCCCUUGGAGCUUUCAGUGUAUG